AUGGGUCGCGAUUUGGAGAGAGUUGGGUUGCUGGUAAGCGACCCAAUAGUUUUAGAGAGGGACGGCGACCAAGGUCUGUCGCCGUCAAUGGUGGUUUCCAGGUUGCGCUCCGGUGACCUGGUUGUACGCGAAGAAGUCAACAACGUUGUUUAUUUUGUAUUUUUGCCACAACAACUGGUAUCAAAUCUGAUUGAUUAUGCAGAGCAACUCCAACAACUGCCUUCUGCAGUGAACAAGCUGCACUUGAUCAAGAAAUUGUUCAACAUGAAGAUGGUCGAAGGUGGGGUUUCCACCAGUGGUUCGGUAUUGAAUGUUGAAAGCAGAGGCAAGGGUUCAAACAAAAAGAAGGGCAAUGGUAAUAGAAACAGAGGCAGAUCCAAGUUAAGGAAUGGAAGGACACAGUCUCAAAAUUUCAGGAAUUCCACAUAUCUCAGUGACGUUGAAUGUUGGAAUUUUGGAAAUAAGGGACAUUACCGUGUUGAUUGCAAACUUUCAAAGAAAGGAACCGAAAGAAAAACUGAAGCAAAUGAUGUCUCAGAAGAAUCAGAUGAUGCAUUGAUUUGCUCUUUGGAGAGCAAAGUGGAGUUAUGGGUUUUAGAUUCUAGCGCAUCAUUUGAUGGCACCUCAAGUAAAGAACUAUUUAAUAGUUAUGAACCGGGUAACCUUGGUAAGGUGUAUCUUGGUAUUGAUCAACCUUGCAAUGUCAUUGGUAAGGGUGAAAUGUAA